AUGAACCCACAGCUCACCCGUGCUCGGAUUUUGGCCCUCGGCUCAUUUGUGGCUAAUUUUUCUUGCCAGCUUUAUGGCAUGCUUACCACCCCCAAUAUGAAACAAGUAGCAGACGAGAACCAUUAUGCUUACUCUCCGAAUCCAUUCUUUAUCGCUGCCUUUUUCGCGAUGCAGACAGUUCUUCAACUUUUAUGGAUAAAAAACCUUUUCGUCGUAUCUUCAGCUGGUCCUAGCCCAAAGUACGAACAUAGUAUCACACUACCGGGGGGCAUCUCAAAUGUGGACCCUGAUACAUUGGCACCUCCUCCAAAUUCUGAUGAGCCAGAGCCUUCCCAAAUGGCGUAUGUCCCUAUAUAUGCUCUGGGUAACAUUUGCAUAGCUGCAUGGAUGGUAUUCUGGAUUAGUCAAAAAUUCUGGGUUUCUCAGGCAUUUGUAACGGUCAACACGCUCGUCCAGCUCUAUGCUGUUUUCUAUCUUUUGGGCCCUUCUUCUCCUUUUGCACUCUCCGGAGUCAAUUUCUUAACACACAUAGUCGCAAAAACUUUCGCGGGAAUAGGGGUCCUUGACUUUUUGGACAACGGUGCCGUGGCUAUGGUCUGUCUUGUUGCUUUAUAUUUUUCUCUUUCUAAUGCUUUCAUUCUCGCAUAUAGGGUUACGCGGGUUCUCCGUCCACGCCUGUUCAGAUCCUCACUGUAG